AUGUACUGGUGGCCAAACAUUAAAAAGGAGAUUGCUAAUUACAACUCCAAAGGCCUUCAAUACCAACAAGUGAAAGCUAAACACCAGAAACCAGCAGGUUUACUUCAGUCUCUUCCUAUUUCAGAAUGGAAGUGGGAACAUAUGACUAUGGACUUCAUUGUUGGACUACCUCGAACGCCUAGAGAUUUUCAAGGCAGUUGGGAAGCUCACUUACCAUUGGCAGAGUUUGCUUAUAACAACAGUUUCCACUCGAGCAUCGACAUGGCACCUUAUGAGGCAUUGUACGAAAGGAAGUGCAGGUCUCCGAUUUGCUGGACCGAGGUUGGAGAUAGGGCUUUAUAUGGAUCUGAACUUGUGCAAGAGACCACUGAGAAGAUAAAGAUCAUUCAAUAG